GGCUGUCAACUGCUGUUAAAACCUCAAAUAAGAAGUAAAAAUGCUUUUGCUUCGCAUCUAAAACAAGAUUACGUGUCGCUAUAAAAUUGAUAAAACCAUGAGUAAUAUCUCCAAGUCCGUGUCGACUUUAGAAGAAACGAGGACUGGUCUGUGUGAUGAGUUUGUGACCGUAACAGGAUCCGAUAGCGCCGUGGCUCAAUGUUACCUUGCUGAAAAUGACUGGGAAAUGGAGAGAGCUCUGAACUCAUUUUUCGAGGCUGACAUGGAGGCAGUUUUUACAGUGGAAGAUUCACCAAAAAAGGACAUCAGCCCCCCUAAAGUUAAAAGACAGAAAUUGGACAAACCACAGGGGAAAAUAGACUGCAUUGACCUGACCACAGAAGAGCCUGCCUGUUCCAGCAGCGCCAAGUCGACCAACUCCUCCAAGUCAGUGGACCCCAAAGCUAAAGUUAAAACCUCGGGCUCUGAGGAGCAGGCUGACGGCAAACUGUCACUGAUCUCCUGGAAUGUAGAUGGUCUGGACACCGUGAACCUGGGAGAGCGUGCGAGGGGUCUCUGUUCCUAUCUGGCCCUGUACACCCCUGACGUGGUGUUUCUGCAGGAACUCAUUGAACCGUAUGUUCAGUACCUCAAGAAGCGAGCCGUUAGCUACACCAUCAUUGAGGGAGGCGAGGAGGGGUACUUCACUGGUUUGAUGCUGAAGAAGUCCAGAGUCAAACUCCUAAAUAGUGACAUCAUCAGUUACCCGACCACUCAGAUGAUGAGGAAUCUGCUCGUUGCUCAAGUGACAUUCAGGGACCAGGAGCUGUGCGUGAUGACGUCCCACUUUGAGAGCUGUAAGGGACAGGCAGAGGAGAGGAUGAAGCAGCUGAGUGUGGUGUUGAAGAGGAUCAGGGAGGCUCCCACUAACGUGACUGUCCUAUUUGGAGGGGACACUAACCUGAGGGACGCCGAGGUGACCAAGGUUGGAGGUCUGCCCGGUGGGGUGUGUGACGUGUGGGAGCAGCUGGGGAAGCAGGAACACUGCAGGUACACCUGGGACACCAAGGCCAACAGCAACAAGACUGUACCGUAUGUCAGCAGGUGUCGUUUUGACCGCGUCUACCUCCGACCGGCCACGGAGGGCCCCGGGUCCCGGAUGACCCCAGACCACAUGGCCCUGGUGGGUUUAGAGAAGCUGGACUGUGGUCGCUACACCAGUGAUCACUGGGGAAUCUACUGCAGCUUUAUCCUUUAGCUCCUGAGACUUAAGGGUCGUGUCCCAAAUUGAUCCCUGUAGUGCACUGCUUUUGACCAGGAACCAAUAUGAGACGGGGAACAUGUUUGCGUGUAGUGGUCCCAGCAGAGGCUGAAGAGGUAAACUUUCCUAACGAACAGUAAAAAGGUGUAGUUGCUCAAAAAAAUAAAGGGAACACUAAAAUAACACAUCUGAAUGAAGUGUGAUUGACUUGGAGUUACAUUGUGUUGUUUAAGUGUUCCCUUUAUUUUUUUGAGCAGUGUAGUUGCUCUAAUAUUGGAUCGGUAGCAAGCACAGUCUCUGUAUGGCCACUGACUGUAGGAUCAGAGACGGCUGGCUCACCUUUUAUUGUAGUGCCUUGAGCUGAGGACAGGAAGGUUUCAAUCUUGCCUUGGUCACCUCACGCCUAACACACACUCAGUCCUGAAUGCCUCUCUAUUUUAGUGCACUACUUUGGACCAGAGACCAUAAAACUGGUGAAAAGGAGUGCACUAUAUAGGGAAUAGGGGUGUCAUUUUGGACAGCAGCUGUGUGGAUCUUAGCCCAGUGUUUAAAUGCUUUAUGCUGUCGUCUCCUAAUAGGCUUCUGCUCUCAUUUUUUAAUUUCAAUAUGUGUUUGGUUUUAAUUUCAGAAGUGUUACAUGUGAUGAUGAUGAUGAUGAUGAUAUGAUGAUUUCCCUCAAGUUUGUUUUUAGUCCUGGACAUUGAAAUACGUUCUGGAAUAAAAAGGCUUGUUUUUCUUCA